CUACUCCACACACUCACCUCUACCUGGCCGUGACUCGUCAGUGAAUCAUAUUUUGACAUUGUAUUGUUUGUCCCUGCGACUUAGGUUGUGUAAUGUUUAUUCAGAGUUGACAGGAGCAACUCGUGUUUGAUUUGUUAUUUGCCAAAGUUAAUUUUCAUUUCGUGGCACCUUUAACCUAGUCUAAAAUGUUUUCAAGCGGUCCAAACUACACUAAGCUCAAAACCCAUUUGAGGUUAGCAAUUAACAGAUUGAAAUUGCUGGAAAAGAAGAAAACAGAAUUGGCCCAAAAAGCGAGAAAAGAAAUCGCAGACUACCUGGCUGCUGAUAAAGUUGAACGUGCCCGAAUCAGGGUGGAGCAUAUCAUUCGAGAAGACUACAUCGUUGAAGCGUUUGAAGUUGUUGAAAUGUACUGUGAUCUUCUUCUCGCACGGUUUGGACUCUUACAACAAAUGAAAACCCUAGACGAAGGUCUUGCUGAAGCUAUAUCAAGCAUCUUGUGGGUGGCGCCUCGAAUCCAAGCUGAUAUUCAAGAAAUGUCGGUUAUUACAGAUCAAAUGACUGCAAAGUAUGGCCGGCAGUAUGUAGAUGCAUGCCGGGAGGAUGCUAUUGGGACAGUUUCUGAAAAGUUAAAGCACAAAAUGAGUGUGCAAGCUCCACCUAAACUGUUGGUUGAAAAGUACCUCAUUGAAAUUGCCAAAAAUUAUAACAUUGAAUUCACUCCAGACCCUCAGGUUAUGAGAGAAGAUGAACCACAGAAUGCAGAUGAUGUCCUCUUGUUGGAUUUGGAUCAAGACAGGAACAAUUUAGGUGGUAAUGGUAAUGGUGGGAGUGGUGGUGGUGGUCUUCCUCAGCCUGCAGGAUUUGUGGGUUUCCCUCAACCACCAAUGCUUCCAUCAUCUUCAGAUUUCCAGCCUUUCAACUACCCUCCUCCAAAGCCUUCUGCUGGACCUGCCGGGGGUUUUGUAGUCCCUCCUCCCUUGCCGCAGCAGGGACCAGCAGGGGCUCAUUCUGCUGGAGCUAUUGGAGGUGGAUCUGUUCCUUUUGAUGAUAAUAUGUCAGCACCAUUCAACAAAAAUCCUGCCUCUAUGUCAUACAACAUCCCACCAGGUGGUGAUAGCAGUAGCAAUGCCAAUAAUAUGCAGGAUUCUCCUCCUCCAUCUUUUCACAGCCUGUUCCCUCCUGAUGUCAACUUAAAGAAGCAGAGUUCUGACCAGCCGAAGCCUGCACCAAGAUCAAAACUAUCCCCCGGGGAUGAUUUACGCAACACACGAAGCAGCGGCCUCAACUUUCAUCUGCCUGACCUCCCUUCAGUCCCCACCAACAGCUUCCCUCCCGAUGAAGUGGAUGGACGUCCUGGCGCUGACGAUAUUGACUUUGAUGAUUUAACGCGGCGUUUUGAGGAGUUGAAGAAAAAGAAGUAAAUUCUUGCCAGCACUUCACAAGAGCAACAGCUCAAACUCAUUCUUGCAUCUUAUUUGUUUAAGAUAUAAUCAUUAUUUUGGUUUCUUUAUUUCUCAGAGGAGAGCAAAUUUGUCCAAUAUUUUUUUGUCUCUGUUCUGGGAAAAUUUUAGUUUUCCUUAUUUGCAUAUUAGUUAGUCAUUGCUUCAUCAAUCUGUGAUUAUACGAUAAAAGAAAUUUGGAUGGGAACCCCCACAAUUAAAUAAAUUAUGUCUUUAGCA